AUAGGAUUUACUUGCCAUUGGAAAACCCUAAGGCAUAAGAAAAAUGGGGAGCAGAGCUUUGCUGAUGUUCAGCAACUUCAAGUUGAAGGGCAGCUUCUCUUUUGCUUCUUCACCUUCAAAACCCUUUUUUCUUAUUAACAAUAAUCCCAAAAUACGAGAUUUUUCUACGAAAACGAGGUCGUCUUUGCAACCACCGGAUGUGCCUCGCUUGGCUGAAACAGCUCGAAUUUCACUCGCUACUAAUGAGGUUGAAGAAUUUGCUCCCAAAAUCCGACAAGUGAUAGACUGGUUUGGGCAACUUCAAGCUGUUGAUCUUGACAGCGUGGAGCCCGCUAUUAGAGCAGACUCUGAAGGUGAUCAACUGCGUGAAGAUGUCCCUGAAAGAUUUGAUAAUAAGGAAGCACUGAUAGCGUCUGUUCCAAGCUAUGAGGAGCCAUAUAUCAAAGUUCCUAAAGUAUUGAACAAGGAGUAACACUCUUUGGGUACCAUAUUGUUCUCCCUUUAGUUCCCAAAGAAUUGUAACUAUGAAAUGACCAUAGAUUCUCAUUUAAAUUGGCUUUGUAGGGGCAGAAUUUCCCCAGAUAAUAUUCAUGCACUGAUAUCUGUGUUUGUAAUGUUUGUCAACGGACGGUACACAGAACAUAGUGGGGCCAUUCAUGCUCAUAUAAAAAGUACGCAUCUUAAUUGUAAGGGGAAGAUCGGCUAACAUGAGGAAAGAAACUUUCUCUUGUCAAGUAACCUUCUCUUUUUGCAACCACUUGAUGAUGUAUUGGAGUGUUCAUGAAGCUCUCAAUAUGGGAGCAUGCCUCCCUUGUUCUUUUAUUUGUAUAAAAACUAUUGAAAUCAGUCAUUUUGGUAAAGGUUAUUUGGUGGCAUGUCUCCCUCAACAGUAUCUGGUGAAACAAAUGCUUGAAGCCUUGUUCA